AUGGAAGCCAGCAUACUCGACAUCAUCGAUGGUCCGCCCAGCUCGCCGUUUGUGACGGAGGUGGGGGAGACGAAUAGCAGAAGCCCGAGCAAGCAAUGGCAACAACAACCCACCACCACCACCAUUGGCAUCGACGAGGAAGAUGAAACUCGAAUGGCCACACCGCAGAAGCCGGUCACAUCAUCUAUGGAUGUAGUAGAAGAUAAAGAGAAUGUGCCUCAGGAUGAACCAACCGCGACACUCGGCAAAAUGUUCGCAUCACCCGAAAAGCAGGCCACCCCCGAGCGCAUCCCACUGAAGCGCACCACGCCUGAGCCCGCGACCUCCGCCAAGCCAACACUCGAGCGUCAACUCAGCUGCGACUCUGAUCUGAUGCCGCCGCCGCCGCCCUCGUCUCGCAAGGCCACACCCAAGAAGACGCCACUCAGGUCCUCGCGCAGCGGCGCCAACACCCCAAGACCUCUUAGUCGAGGUGACUCUUACGAACGAACACCCAAGACUGAUGUAUCAGCAAGUGCAUUUCAAGCUGGGCUUGAUAUGCGCGACGCCCAGGCACCUCCACAGGACAUGACCAACGUGGAUGAUACAUGCUUCAGCACCUUCUCAGAGAUCCCAGAAAUGACCAUCUUUGCUAAGCUAGGCCAGUCACCCACCAAGCGAGGAGACAUGCUACGGACACCGGGUGGCAAGACUGAUGCCACGCCACGUACUACUCGCAAACGUCUGUCUACCUCCCGCUCGCCCUCACCCACAUCACGUCGCCAGAAGACACCAGCAGUCCAGAAUGCAGAUGGCACCACCAGCUUCCUCAUCGACUUCACGCAGCAGAUGGAAGGCGUCAACACCUACCGGCCUGCGUCUCCAGGCAAAGCUUCUACCGAGUCCAAUCUCCUCCAUUACAUCAACAACCAGCGCUCGCCACAAAAAGGACGCCACUCCUACGCCACACCGAGCAAGCAAAACAACAACAUCCUCAAUCUUCUUGACUUUGAGCUUCCACCUGCACCGACACCACGUUCGGUGCCCACCAUCACAGUCCGUGAGCUCGAGAGUCUGAAGUCAACCUACCUUUCACAAAUCUCCAGCCUGAAAGCCACACUAUCAGGUCGUGAAGCAGAAGUCGAAAGUCUCAAGCGAGCUGUAGGAGAUGCUGAGCGACGCGUCGGCGAAGCGCAAGAGUCUCUCCGCGAUGAAAAAGGCAGACGGGAGCAUGUUGAGCAAGAAAAAGCGGAAUGGGAGAAGCGAGGUCGAGAGGUAGAAUGUGUCCUAAGCAGUGUGAAGGAGGAAGUCAUGAAAAGCGAAGUCGAGAAGGAAGAGCUCCUACGCAAAGUCGAAGACAGUGAACGUAGAGCCGAGGACGCCGAAACCAGAGCCGUAAAGGCAGAGGAGCGCUUCGCCGACGCACUUGCCGCUCGCGCUGGUAAUACUGGCGAAGGGGAUAGCGGCAACAGCACAGAAGACCAUGUCCAACGUCUCGUCUCCGCCCAAAUCGACGCCAAGAUCGAGGCCGUGAGCCGCGAACUCCACGCCGUAUACAAAGAUAAGCACGAGCGCAAAGUCGGGACCCUGAAGAAGAGCUAUGAAGCUCGCAGUGAGAAGAAAUGCGCUGAGCUUGUAAGGAAAGUAGAGGGGCUGGAGAAGACGAAUGAGGAGUUGCUUGCGGCACGGGACUCGACGUUCUCUGGUCCGGUUGUUUCUGAUGCAAACGAUGGUGCAGUAGCUCUCAAGACUGAAUUGGAGGAGCAGAAGGCGGCCCUCGCGCGUAUGGAGGAGGAAUGUCUCACUUCCCGCCAUCAGCAAAAUCAACUUAUGCGAGAAUUGCAACAGGAACGGAUCGAGAAGGGCGAUCUGGUUGCUGCGGUGGAUGAGAUGUUGGCGCUGCAGUCUGAAGGCGGGACUGGUGCGGGGCCGAGGCAGGGUCAGGCAGCUAUGAGUGUCGUUGAGGAUUUCCGGAAGAGUAUUGGGAGGCCUUCUGGGCUGAGGGCGCCGGGUCAGUUGGGAGCAGCCCAGAGUAGGAUUGGUGGUGGGCCUGGUAUGUUGGGGAGGAGUACGAGUGGGGGGAAGUCGAGGCUUUUGAGUAAUAUUGAGAGGAUGGGGAGGACGGGGAGUGGGAACUUGGCGGAAUAG